AUGCAAGAAGGCGCCAUAAUACCAAUAGAAGAUGAUAACAUACAUAGUGUUAGAAAACCACCAGUGGCCGUAGCGACUUUACCUCACAUACCUGUUGCGACGAUAUCACCACCAGUAUUCCCCUCAGGGUCAUUAUCGACGUCUUCAGAGCCGGUGCUUCUCGCUGAAUUAAAUCCUCCAUCCACGCCUAACGCAACGAAUAAACGAAAGAGAGUAAAGGAAUCAGCUGUGAAACUUAUCAAUUUGGAAUGGUUUAAAAAAGAGCUCUCACCGACAUCAUUCAAUUUACUGUAUCAUUACAUUGGAAACGAGAGUGAGUUAUUGGCAGAGGUUCAAAAGCGAUUCAAAACGAUACUGAGUCUGGGGAAUCAAUACGAAGAGGAUGGCAUAUUUGAUUUCGAGGGGAUCCCACAAGAUUUGAGAACACAAAUGAGGGCAUAUCUUGGUAGCUCCAUUAGACGUCAAGCUGAGAACUACCAUGGGUUUGCCAUGGCUUGUCAAAUUCAGAAACGAGUAGAAGAAAACAAGGGUGCAUCUGAGGCAGAAAAGAAAAAGCGUUACAAGGAAAUAUUCUCUGUUAUUGCUGGUAAGGCAUGGACAAGGUACACCAACGUCUUAUCUAAAAAUAUAGGUAUGUAG